CACGCGCCCGCGGUCAUGUGACUGGGCCAAGAUGGCGCCUCCCUGUUGGUGGUGGCUGCUGGCUGUGGCUCUGCUGCCCUCGUCCUGUGGCGCCCGCGCGUUGGGGCAUCUCCACGCGCCGGGGCCGGUCCCCCUGGUGAUCUGGCAUGGGAUGGGAGACAGCUGUUGUAAUCCCAUAAGCAUGGGUGCCAUUAAGAAAAUGGUUGAGAAGAAAAUACCUGGAAUUUACGUCUUGUCAUUAGAGAUUGGGAAGACCAUGGCAGAGGAUGUGGAGAACAGCUUCUUCUUGAAUGUCAAUACCCAAGUAUCCACGGUGUGUCAGAUUCUUGCUAAAGAUCCUAAAUUGCAGCAAGGCUACAAUGCUAUGGGAUUCUCUCAGGGAGGCCAAUUUCUGAGGGCUGUGGCUCAGAGAUGCCCUUCACCUCCCAUGAUCAACCUGAUCUCAGUUGGGGGACAACAUCAAGGUGUCUAUGGACUCCCCCGAUGUCCAGGAGAGAGCUCUCACAUCUGUGACUUCAUCAGAAAAACACUGAAUGCUGGUGCUUACUCCAAAGUUGUUCAGGCACGCCUGGUGCAAGCAGAAUACUGGCAUGACCCCAUAAAGGAGGAUGUGUACCGCAACCGUAGCAUCUUCUUGGCAGAUAUAAAUCAGGAGAGGUUUGUCAAUGGAUCCUACAAGAAAAAUCUGAUGGCCCUUAAAAAGUUUGUGAUGGUGAAAUUCCUCAAUGAUACCAUUGUGGACCCUGUAGAGUCUGAGUGGUUUGGAUUUUAUAGAAGUGGCCAAGCCAAAGAAAUUAUUCCCCUACAGGAAACUGCUCUAUAUACACAGGACCGACUGGGGCUAAAGCAGAUGGACAAAGCAGGACAGCUAGUGUUUCUGGCUACCGAAGGGGACCAUCUUCAGUUAUCUGAAAAGUGGUUUAAUGCCCACAUCAUCCCCUUUCUUGAAUGAAGCCCUUGCAGUUUACGACAGAGCCCAGCCCCUAGCUCCUAAACCUGGUGGAAGAUAGUUUUCCUCAUGCCGGACCCAGAGCUCUGAUCCACCAUGCAAUUAAUCCUUCUCCUGUUAUCAUCUAACAUGCCCUACUUGGAAAGAUCUAAGAUCUGAAUCUUAUCCUUUGCUGCCUCCUAUCACCAUAUGGUGUUGAAUUCAAAUUUAAUUAGCGAAUAACCAGGAGAUUGUUUUACAACCUUGUGACAUGGUCAAACUCUUAGGAAAGGGAAUCAGCUGCAGAUCAAUGCCCAGGCCGAGAGACCAAACUAAUGCAGCAAAUAGGGCCAUGUCUAGCCAUCUCAACCAAACCUACAUCAAGCGAAUCUAGGCCUCAGGCACUCACAUAAAUCCUAAGUGUUGCUGGUGCAAAUAGUUUGAGAAAAUACUGCUUGGAGUGUAUUUUUGCAUUUCUUAAGGCUGCUUUCCUCUCUUGACUGUUACUUUUGUGGAACUUUAGCAAAUAUUGGACUGCACCAGCCUACCAUCUUGCCUCUGUAGAAUUCCUUUUGUCUCUUCUGGUGAUGAAUUAAUUAGUCCCUUCCUUGUCACAAAAUGGGGGGGGGGGGAAGUAGCACCACACUAGGUUGCUUAGGUCAGGAAAUGUACAUCUUGCGUAACAGGGCAGUGGGGGUGGGAAGAGGAAUAAUGAAAAAGAGUAGAAGUGAAAAUGAGGCAGCUAGCUCUUUCCACUUAAUGUAACAAGUGGCUUGGAUGCCAGUCACUCCAUUGCUGGCUUUGAGAAUGUGAGGAACAAUGUGAAGAAAUUGGGCUUAACUUCCAGGAGCCCCUCAGAAUCCUAAUUGCCAGUGUACACUGAACUGCUGUCCAUACAUUGUAUAAGAAAAAGAUUUAUUGCUCAAAAAACUGAGUACAUUGCAUACUCUUCCUCCGCUUGGAGGUCAGUCCAUGUUAGACUAAGGACUUUAAGCAUUCUUCAUAGUAGUAAAGAAAAUUAACUAUAUAUAUAUAUGGGUUUUAGGGGUUUUGGAACUGUGGACUGAACUUGGGGCCUUUCACUUGCCAGGCAAACACUACCAUUUCAGCUAUGCCAGCAGACCUUUUGUUUUUGAGAUGGGGAUCUCACUACCAGGGCAGGCCUCAAACAUGUCAUCUUCCCUUGCUUCCAAGUAGCAAGGAUUAUAGUUUUAUGGCACCACAUCUGACAUUUUCUUACAUUAUUUGAGCAUGUAAGUCUCAGCUCCCAUUUUGUGAAAGCCUAUCACAAAAUGGAUGACUUCUAUAGAAUGCCAGUUUGAUGACUGAGCUGUGUUUUCAUGAAAGUACCUUGUUAGUGUUGCAGAGUUUACCCUUUAUCCUUUUUCCUUUUCCUCUUUCAAGCCUUAUUCUUCAGCUAAAAGAUAAAGGCUUAAGGGCAACAAGUGGGGUAUGUGAAAGUAAUUUAUGAGGUUGAAAAUAAAAAGUAUUCUUA